AUGUCGCACUCUUACACCAAUCCCUACAGUUUCCAGAAGCCCGGACAGCAAUCUCCGUUACUGGCGACUCCAUCAUUUCAUCGACCGCGGCAAACACAAAGUCAGCAACACAGAGCGAAUCCCUCUAUGUCCAGGAGUCACCACUAUCAUGCGAGUAUAACGUCAAACCCGUCGCAAGGAACACUGGAAGUGGGAAACGAACCAGAUUCGUGGCCGCUGAGUGCCCAAUACAAUCUCCCUAAGGUGUCGAGUCCUGGGUCCUUGCAGCCUCUCGCUGACGGUUACAACCUCGACGAAGAUACGUCCUACCGCGAGUCCUCCUUUGAUGAUUUCUUGACGACCGAAGCAUCUUCCGAGAACCCUCUAAGCGAACAUACUACCCCCCAAGAACAAAUCUGGGAGCAGCUUUUCUUGUCGCAGGACACCGCACAACCUCAUAUACUGAAUUCGUACGGGUCGAACGACUUCGAGGCCGCGCAAGUAGUUUCUGAGACCUCAGAUCUGCAAAGUUAUUUUCAAUAUACCGAGGAACCGCUGCCUAAAUUCAUCUCUGGAGAAGAGCUGAGAGGUUCUGAGAAUUCCUCAGUUGUAUCAUCUCUUCCUCUCCCACUGCAGACUCAGCCUGUUGGCCAUCAAGAAAAUCAAUCAAUGGACCGCUCGAGCACCCCUCACAAGAGAGGAAUCUCUCAAAGUCUCAAAGUGGAUACGACCUCAAACCACACGCCUUCUCCCAAUAACAAGGUGAACUCCUGGCAGCACACGUCACGCAUACGUGCACCAAGUCCCGUCGUCAUGGUGUCCGUCUAUGAAGCUUCUGGCGUGAAGUCAGCGCAUCAGCAGAACCACAUACCUACAUCUGCCAAGCGAGGCCGUGAGAGCGAGUCCUCUGAGAACGAUGACGAAUCUAGCCAUAAUGGAGCAGGAGCCAGCGAUGUCGAUGUGUCUCCAUCUCAUCUAAUGCCUCCUGAUGCUAACAAUCUAGAUAAUUCACGUGCUACACCAGCACAACGCCGCGGGCUUGAUCCGCAGUCGAGGAACGGCGAAACGGUGCCUUCGGCGAAAGAGCUUGAACAGCAGCGCCAGAUUGAAGAAAGAAACGCUGAGGUUCAGGAAUGGCUUGUCACAAGUGACGCCGGCAGCGGACCCGAAGACGAAUCUGGAACGAAGGCCUCUCGUCGGACACCCCAAGGGGUGAGGCGGCGAGCUCACACCACGGAGGGCCGUGUAGACGCUCUCGGCCCGGUAUACUCAGACCGGCAUAUCCCUGGGCCCGGGGUCCUAGUCGACGAGGAAUCGGACGACGAGUAUUUUGACGACGCGUCUGUAAGGUCAUCGGUCAAAGAAGAAUAUACCAAGCAAGCCGUGCAAGCCAUUGAGCAUUAUCAGAUGGAAGGCUCACCGCGGCUUUCGCCACAUGCUCUCGAAGGCCGCACGUCGACUGAUCAAACCGAAAUCCCUCCCCUUGAAGAACCCACGACACCGGAGCAGCAGGAGCCGCUGCCUACCCAGUUCUUCAGGCGAGGCCCAUGGCAAGAUCCUGUCCGGGGUCCUAUUGUUAGCACAAAAGGUCAACCCAACACGUCAAACGCAGCCGCCUACAAAUUCAACGAAGAAGCCGCAAAGUGGGAAACUGCCUCUAGGGCUGCCACGUGGGGAACCGGCCGCCGCCUCAGCGAGAGCGAAAUCAAUUCAAUCGUCGAGGGCCGUCAGAUGGGACAGCUGUCCCUUUCGAAAGGAGGCCGGGAGCGAAAGAGUAGCCUCCUCAACAAGGCUCGGGGCAUUUUCCCUCGACGCAGCAGCAGUAAUAUCAAAGAAGAACCCUCGACAGAGGACAAUGAGGAACUGCCACGGGGCCACUCUCAUCGGAGCUCUGUUGGAAGCAUCAAACCUCAAAGGAUGCCGAGUUUUGGUAAGCCCAAAUCACCUCCUCUGGACACCGGCAGUGCCUUGCUUGCCAUGACUGGUCAGCUCGCAGCCGUCGGGCGCGGGAAUUCGGUGGCCCAAGAUUUCGAUGCCUCCAAGUCAACACGACCCUUGCAGGCGCUGAAGACGCAGCGUAGCAAGAGCGACGUGACCAAGAAUGCAAAGUCAUCCAACCCCGGACUGGCGGAUUUGUUGACCAAGCAUGGCGGACCGCCCAUGCCGACUCUAGCAUCCCCAAUGUAUGAGCGCGAACCCAUCCUGGCCGCACAAGUUAUCGACAAUGAAGACGCCCAUGUGGACGAUGAUGAGGACGAAGCAGACGAAGUGGCCAUCAAGAUGGAUCUUGAGAUCCGUGUGGAGGACAUCAGGCCAACAAUCGAAGGUUUUAGAGAUCAUGCCCGAAAACUCAAUCCCAGAUUGGAGCCAUAUCUGAUCGACCGCAUUGGGCAAGAGCAGAUUCGACGCUACAAGAAACUGAUUGAAACCAAGAUCAAGCACACUCGAUCGGUCCAAGUGACGCACAAAUGCGCUUCGGGCAAGUUCUGCCUUGAUCUCGGUGGUCACGCGACACCUCUCGCACCACGGGUCAGCUCCAAGGAUCCAGACACGACACUGACCCAGUUUCAGAUCAGCAACCCUGCGGACGAUGAGGUGGAUGAGUCUGGAUUCACCGACGGGGUGGUCACGCCGGCACUAUUUCCUGUGGGGAUCCCCUUGCCGCCAGUUGCACGUCUCCCGGCCGAAUUUGAAUGUAAUCUCUGCUUCAAAGUCAAGAAGUUUCACAAACCGUCGGACUGGACUAAGCACGUGCAUGAGGACAUCCAACCUUUCUCCUGUACCUUUCCCAAUUGCUCCGAGUCGAAGUCGUUCAAGCGCAAAGCAGACUGGGUUCGCCACGAGAACGAGCGACACCGGCACCUAGAGUGGUGGCAGUGUUCGAUCCAGGAAUGCAAUCACGUUUGUUACCGCAAAGACAACUUUGUCCAGCAUCUGGUGCGGGAGCAUAAAAUGACUGAGCCCAAGGUCAAGCGUGGUUCCGGGAGCAGCAAGAACAAGGCAAUCAAUAGCGGCUCGCAAGAGGACAGUGAGGUGUGGCGGAUGGUGGACAAGUGUCGCGUCGAGACGGGAAAGCAAGCUCGGGAUGAAGCCUGUCGCUUCUGUGGCAACGUGUGUUCGACAUUCAAGAAGCUGUCGGUGCACAUGGGCAGGCACAUGGAACAGAUCGCGAUGCCAGUCCUACAGCUGGUGAGCAUGGCGGAAGUCUCGCCGGACACCAUCGUGAGUCCAAUUGAUCAACCGCCAAUGAUGGGGUCGUCGUUCGGCACCAUUCCAGGGGCGAUGAACAACGCGGAUGGGAGCAAUCUCUCACCAUAUCCUGUCAGUGUGACCUCGGCCUACCAAACCUCAUCGGCGGGACAGUCACCGGCGUCAUUGCAUGUACAUGCCCAAAACGGAGGGUUUCCACUCGACCAGGGAUACUAUAGCCCACAUGCGUUGACACCGACCGCGCAGGGCCCGAUCAUGACGGGUGGGUAUGGAGCUACGCCGCACUACGCUCAUCAGUCUCCGGUCUUCAUAGGACCAGGUCAGAUGGAAGCGGCGCAUCAACAUAGCCUAUCGCCCCAGAAUGCGAUGGUGGCGCCCCGGUCUCAACCAAUGGGCUCCGGGUACGAGAACGUGUUCUACGACUCGACAGGGGCGAUGUACUCGCAAGCGUCGAUGCAAAACAUGUAUGGGAGCGCGCAAUCGAUGCCGGGUUAUGGCCUGGGCCAGUACGCCUCAUCGAUACUACCGGAUCAACAACGAGGUGGACAUAGCAGUCCAAUCACACUCGAGGGGCGAGCAGGGCUGGGCCUACACACGGGGUUGAACGCACAUCCAGCGCAAUCGUAUGUCUACGGGGCUCCGGGAACCGGGGGGACCGGUGCAGACAUGCAUUUCGCAUGA